CUUUCUCUCUCUCUCUCUUUAUUUAUUUAUUUCCGCUUUGUUUGUACUCGUUUGUAUGCUUGGGGUGGGGGGAAGUGGUUGGAUUGGUAGAUGCCCGGGUUUGGGGUGUGGUUUCUUUGGAGGGUUGGGGUUGCUGAGGGUCUGUUCUGUUGAGGGUUGCUUUGAAGGUCGUCGGAAGAGGGACGAUGUCCCUUGGAUCUCAAUGACCGUUUCUUCGAAGGAUGCAAUAGUAGAGUAAGAGAUUGUGCUGGUUGGUU